AUGCAAUCAACCACGUCAAACAUCACUUGGAGGCACGUUCCGGGCAAGGACAAUCCCGCGGACAUAGUUUCAAGAGGCUGCGCAGCGUCCGAGCUUAUGGAAACUAUAUGGUUUCGUGGACCAAGCUUCUUACGUCAAGACUCAUCUGGAUGGCCUCAACCAGUACCAAAUUCUCAGGACACCAAUGAAGAGUUGGAGCUGCGAAAAGCAACAGUCCUCACAUGUACCGAUAAUGGAAGCAAGGAAGAUGUAUUCGAUGAAGUUAUCAACAAAUUCUCAUCCUAUCGGCGCAUUUUGCGAGUCAUAGCUUUUGUGUUGCGCGUCUUUAAUAGAAUCAAGGUCAACAAAAAGCUCGAGGACUUUAAGCAGCAGCUAUUCGACGAAGCCAACACAUUGAAUUUGCAGAAGUUCAGCAGCAUCGUGGGAUUCGAGUUCAAGUUCAUCCCUCCGCGUGCUCCCCACUUUGGCGGCUUGUGGGAGGCCGCAGUGAAGUCCAUGAAGAGCCUAAUGAUGAAAAACUUGGGCAACACUGGGCUAACGUACGAGGAGCUUCAAACGAUUGCAAUCGAGUCGGAGGCAAUCUUGAACUCAAGACCAAUGGCACCCCUUUCCGAAGACCCAAACGAUGGAGAGGCGCUUAGCCCAGCGCACUUGCUGAUUGGGUCCUCUUUGAUGUCCGUACCGGAGCCUUCAAUUGACGAGAGCAGACCAUCUUAUCUUACGCGGUGGCAGCGCGUAACGUAUUUGAAGCAGCAGUUCUGGGAGCUAUGGAGGCGUGACUAUUUACACACGCUUCAGGAGCGCUCCAAAUGGCUCAAACCCCACGCCAACAUUCAAAUUGGCCAAAUGGUGAUUGUUCACGAGGAUAAUACACCUCCCCAGGAAUGGAUCCUUGGUCGCAUCACCAACACGCAUGUCGGAGCUGAUGGACGAGUACGAGUGGCCGAGAUCAAGGUGAAAAAUGGAACCAUUCGAAGACCCAUCUGUAAGAUAGCGCCCCUGCCUGAGCAAACUGGUGCUUGA